AUGUCGCAAAUACAUGAGGCUUAUCCAGCGCCACCAAACACCAUUGUUAGGGUUGGCACGCCUCGACUCGACAAGUAUCAAAGACUCAUCGCCCGGCUUUAUGAGGCGAUGAUACUGCUUUGGAUUGAACAACCCAUUCAAGGCCCACAAGUCACUGUCAGACACGACAAUGUUAGUCUGAUCGCCUCUCGCCGCCGACUCACAACAGGGCUUGCCCACCUUUGUGACUGGGAUAAGGGCGGAAGAACUACGACAUCAAUUGGCGUCGAGGACUCUGAACAAGCUUUUGUUUUUUGGGUGGCCUCGAAUCAGGGGUUUGAGCAGGAUACGUUUGGUUCGGCCCCUAGUACACCAACCUUUUUGCGACAGUCAUUACGACGACUCCAAGAUGUGACACAACAGUCAGAUCCCAGUGCAGCUUGGCUAGCCCAGGAGGCAGAUGAACUGGCCAGGUCCUUUGCCGUCUUUGCAGCCUCUAGAAUUGGGAAAGAAGCAAGCUUACUGUCGAGGAUGGCAACUCUAUGUAUUGGUCACUUGAAUGGAUCAGUUACUCGCCGCGGAAACGUAACUGAUACUGAAGCAAGGAAUCUGGAGAUAUGGCUGCAACAGUUCCAAUUCCAAGAUGCCUCAAGAGCCUACGACAUAUGCAGAUUAGCAUACAACUCUCGGAAUGAUCCGCAAAUGGACAUACUCCGACGACUAAGUCAAGAAGUUUUAGCCGAUGAAGACGGUGAAUCACAAGCAAAAGUCUCUCGUAACGCAAGACAUUUCGUCGGAAGGCUUGCGGAACACAUUCGCGUAUCAAAGCAUCUCGUUGAGGACGCUUUACGUGUGAGAGAAGUCCUUGACGUAUUUCGAGUUUCCGAGAUCCCCGCCCCAUUGUGUGUCCAACCACCAGAAAUUGACUCCCAUACCACCCUGGACAGCAUACUAGGGAGGAUGAUUUCGAAAGAAGACGAUGAGUUUUCCAAAGUCCAGGAAGACUUGUCUCGCUUCAAGAAUCACGUUGGAUUGGAAGGCCAAAUCAUAACGCAAAUUCUAAAGCUGCAAUCAAAGCCUCCGAUAGUCCACAGCGAAGUUCAAGUUCUCAAUCAUUUUCACGGCAGGAGAUUGCGCUUCGCAGAUGACGACCGCUUUGUUGGCACCAGCAAACUUUCUUGUUUCUGCUGUAAGCUAUACUAUCGGCAUCAUCCCUCGAGACCAGUUGAACCCGAUUCUCACGAACAAAUCUAUCUCAACUGGGGGCCAGUCGGUCUACCAGAGGGAUCUCAUGAUGUAUCAUAUCGGGAACUGAGGGAUACGCUUAAUCCCGUUAUUCUUGGUGUUCGAGAUGCGUUUUUCAGAGCUAUGAGAAGAAAAAGAAUGUCGGUCUUCAGUCAUCCCAAUUCUAUUACUAGAUUGACUCGUUCUGCGAAUACUCUAGCUUAUACUGACUCGGACAGUGAAGCAGAUUCAGAGCAGGAAGGUGGAACUGCACUAAAUGACUUUAUGUAG